ACGCACGUUUGCUGCUUGAUUUAUGUCUGCAGCAGAGUUUCCCACAUAGACCUGUGCUAAACAUGCUUUCACGAAAUCUUGUCAUUGCUUCGGUGGCUGUGGUGUUUUUGGCGUCUACUGUAUCAGCAGCUCCUGUUGAAGAUAAAGAGCCCGAGGAGAAUGACUUUGAAGCUGAAGAAGGUGAAGAAGAACUUUCUGAGGAGGAGGAGGAUGAUGACGAUUCCAAAGCUCAGCAUAUGAAGGGAGCUGGAUCACAGCAGGCCACUUCAGCACCCAAAGGCUCGGGUCUGAGUCCUUCGCCUGGCAGCUCCGUCUCGGGCGAAUCCCCAAACGGUCACAAGCUUAAUGGUGCUACACAAACCGGCCAAGUCUCGUUGAGCAGCAUGUCAACAUCUUCAGAGGGAUCCAGCGGUAGUAACGGUAGAGACGGGUACUCUCGCCCAUCUGCCUCAAGUUCUCAUGGUUCAAGUAACAAUGGACAGGAGGGGUCUAAAUCAGAAAUAGCUUCUCCGGCGGGAGGAACUGGUGCUCACGACGCUUUAGCAUCUAAAGUCCCUGGUCCAGAUGGGGCCGUCCAUUCCAUUUCUGUUGUGUCAUCAGGUCAAGGGUCAUCAGGCCACAUUUCUGCAGGUCACGUGAUCGGCCGACCUUCAGCAGGGCAGACGUCAGGUGCUUCGGCUGCUGUUUCCUCUGAGGUCCAAUCACAACCGUCAGGGUCAGAGGUCACAGUUGAACAUACAGAAGGAUAUGAAAACGGUGAUUCUGCUCAUGAAACGUCUCAGAUCGAGUCUCCGGAAAUCCCAGAGACAGAAUCUAACGGUAAUGGACAUAAACACCUAAUGAAUGGAGGAGAAACAGGCUUCACAGGCUUGGAUCAUUUCGUGCCGGACACGUCUCAGAUACAAGGAACAGGUGGUUUUGAUACAAUUGGCACAAGCCCUCACUUGGAAAUUACAGGCACAAUAGACCAGUCAAACCACGACUUUCUUGUUGGUUUAAUGGGUGGAAUGGGAGAGGACUUUGGUCCAGACGCUCAUACGGCCGGGUUAGAUCAGAUGACACUUCAGGUGGAUUCCACAGCAGCUGGAUCCAGUCCAGGGCCUCCGUCCAGCGGCAGUUCGGUUCUAGACGUUCCUCCAGACUCGGCCGGAGCAGCUUCUCCAUCUGCUGACUUCGGGAAGAAUGAUUUCGCUCACUCCAUCCGCGGAUCUGAUAAUGGUUCACCGGCAGAUACAACAGAUUCAUCAUUAAUCUCGGACACAUUAAAACAUCCGGGUCAUUACUUCACGGAUUAUACAGAUGGCGGGGUGGAUAACGGAGCUGACGCUCCUGACACGAACGGAAACGGUCGACACAAACCGGUUGUUGACAUACAGAAAGGAACAGAGCAUCAGUUUGUCGCUAUGGAGACGCAUCACACAGCUGUUGGCAUCCUGGACCAUACACUCAGUCCUUACGCUGACACCACUGGUCAGGACGGUGUCACCGGUGCGAGUGCACAGACAGAUCUGGCAGGUGUGGCAGGUGAACUGGCGACGGAUGGUCAUGUUCAAACAGACACAACGGACCGUGGUCAUGUAGGCGUGACGGACGGAUUUCCAAAACACACAGCAGAUUCUGUGCACGCGACUGGCGCUGGAUUUACAGAUGUCUCACAGACACAUAGUGAUGUGGUUCAGACGGAUUUACAGGCCACAGGAGAUCCAUUUGCAGUUUCCUCACAGACAGAUGUCAUGGGCACAGCUACAGCUGAACCUCAAGGGACUCACGGGGGUCCAACAGGCCACCCUGGUGCUACGGAACAGACACAGACAGCUGUAUCAGCAGGUGAACAGUACCACACAUCUGGUCAGGGUCCUGAAGGUGCAGAAAAUGUGGAACUGGAAGAUACCUGCUGACUUCCACAUGAAGCCGCGCGUGAAGUUUCUGCGCUACAGGUUUCAGUGUAUAGACCAGAACGCCUGGCAGAGGAACCGUCAACCCGCUCGCUAGACUUUAGCUGUCGUGUGUGUGUGUGUGUGUGUGUGUGCGUGCAUGUGUGUGUGUGUCCGUGUGGUUUAUUUAAACAUUCAGAUGUGCUGUAAGUUAACUGUUUAUUGCCUGUUUGUAAAGUGCCCUGUAAUUAUUUCAUCGACAAUGGAAAAUUUGAAAUAAGAGUCUCAAGUGAUCGAUGAUGUCACGUUUUUUACAUCUUCUAAGUAAACAUGGUGUGUAAAUGCAUUGCUGGUUUAUUCCCCUGUAAUGUUGCUUCUGUGUUGUCUCGCUUAGAUGUGAGAGCAAUAUUCUUUACAAAUGUCCAAAAUUGUAUAUUGCUGAAUGUCUGUCUGUCUGUUGAAAAUAAUCUUGACAUUAAAUGGAACAUCUAUUUUGAACAUCACAUUCAAGCGUUUACGACAUUGACAUUCACGAAGCGUU